AGAUGACUAUAUAGAGAAGGUGCUGUGUUUUGGCUUAAUUGGCAGUCUGGAGAACUUACUUCUAACACUGGUGUUUGCAGUACUCUGCAGUGAUUUAAUGAAGCGUGCAGUCAUAUGUGGAAUAACAGAAUUUUUACAAUUCUAACCAGCUGGAAAAUUAAUAUAAGGUGCGACCGUCUUUGCCUAACAGAGUUCAACACAGCUUUAACUCUCUUAGUCAGCUUUCUUCUGAUUUCUUUAAGUAGCCUUCAGGAACUGUUCUCCAGGCUUCUUGAAGGUUAUUCGAAGCUCUUCUUUGGAUGUUGGAUGCUUUUUGUUCCAUUCUCUGUCAAGAUGAUCCCACACUGCUUUAAUAAUAUUGAGAUCUGGACUGAGGAGGCCAAUCCAUGAAUGAGACUUUACUGUAAUGGCAGCAUAUUUGGGAUCAUUGUCAUCUUGAAAUAUGAAGCUGUUGCUAAACAGAGGCUUUCCAGAUUAUGUUGCAAUCCCAAACCAUGACAGAGCUUCCACCUUGUUUUACAGAUCUUAUUUUGUAGAUGUAUCAGCUGAAAGGUCAGAGCCAUCUCUCUCCCUGUGUCAGCUCUGUUCUUCAAAUACAAAUACAAAUGUUACAGUGCGGAUACAAGUGCUGUUUUUUCACAUUUUUUAAGGAUACAUGAUGAUGAGAUAGGGCAAGUGUUUAGCUAAUGGCUCUAUUGACACAAAGAUAAUAUUUUAAGCCUGUCAAACUGUGUUGCAUCUGGAAUUCUUCAUAGAUUCACAGCAAGCUGCUGGUAACAAAGUGCCUAAAGAUACAUUUUAAAAUUGGUUCUUUGCUAAGGUUUUUUCAGUUAGGUGUAAAAACCUUAAAAGAAAGUCUGACUGCUUGGAAAAAAUAUACAGAGAAAUGAGAGUUAGCUGAAGAGAUUCGCACAGUGCUGUAGGUACAUCUAUUGUUUACUGUUUAUGGUUCAGCGUGAUAACAUGCCAGCAUUAUUUGCAUGUAUUUAAGCAUAACAAUAGACCGGACAGUUUUGAUCUUAUGAUUAGACGAUUAAAAAAAAUCAAGGGACAAACAAAAUUGUUCCACAUUGUUCUCUGGGGAAUGUGUUGAGCAAUUUUAGUCCAGACCAUCUACUACUGCAGUUAUUAGCAACCCUGGAGAGGGUAAUCAGGCUAGGGUAAAAUGAGAGUAACACAAUAGCCACCAUGGUUUCAAAAAGCAGCCCAUGCUACUUCCCUGUUGUUAGUGAGUGCAGUAACUGACCUCUUUAGUGAUAAAGAAAGACCAAAUACCAGUGUUGAUAUAAUAAUACAGGCUAUACCACUGAUGAAAAAGCUAGACGAGCAACUUAAUGGAGCAAGCUCAUCCCACACAGUGCCACAACCAGCACACAGCUGUCAGGCCUCGGCUGCACCCCGACAGGUUGUGGUCUUUAAUUUAUGGAGUUUCACCCUGAAUGGAAGCAGGGAAAGACAAAGUGGGAGCGGGGACAAGGUUUGUGGUUCUUUGUUUUUAUCAGCCUGUUGCACAGGCAGGAAACACACACAUGUGCCACGCACUCACACUGACAUUUGCAUGCUUGUUCACACACGCACACACACACACACACACACACACACACACACACACACACACACACACACGGAUAAUUAACUGUAAUAGGGUGGUGUUUUUUUACUGGGGGAAAAAUGCGUUAAAGAGUAAAAACAUCUUAGAAUUAAAAUGCAAAUCACAUCAUCUGAGUGAAGCUAACAUAAGUUAUAAUCUCUGCAUGUCCACAUCUUUGUUUCCAUGACGUCUCCAGCUGUGCCUGACUGCCAGCAAACUUUAACUGAGCUGAAAGGGGAACUUCAGGAACUAGUCAGUUGAUAUUUAAAACUCCACGCCUGUGAAAAAGAACUUCUCAAAAAGCCAAUGUUUAUUUGAACAGGGGGGUUAGCUCUGUGGAGCGGAAAAAAAGAAGAAAGAAAAAGACUCAGGCUUACUUCAACAGUGAUCGCAUUAUUAACCAUUAACCUUUACAGUCACGUUUAUCUGAAGCUGCAUUAAAAGCAUUCUGCUCGAUUGGAAAUUUAUAUGCUUGUGGCUUUUUUAUUUGGCUUCAGCUCCACAGCGAGUCCCUGUACACCUGAAUAUGAAGCUUGUUUUCUUCUAUUAAUGAGUACAUAACUGUAAACUGUGCCAGCUGUUUCUCUUUAAUGAUCAUGUUUAUUGUACAGAAAUAAUAAUGACUGUUUUUAGUGCUUUUCUUUCUGAUUUUAACUUAAUGUUUUUUGUUUAAUGCAUCAGAAAUUCUAGGAUUGCACUUUUUGUGCAGCAUAGCGAUAGAAUUUCAGAUUAAAGUUGCAUUAGUAAACUUUAAAUUGGCUAAAUAAAUGAUUGAAAAAUGACGCUACAGUGGAUGUGAAAGUUAAAGUGGAAGAUGUUAAAAUCCACUUUUUUGUUCUUUAAGCGUUCUGUGAAUUUAUUGUAAUAUCUUCUAACUUUUUAGGAAAAUUUUAAUUCGUUUAUCUGCAGAAGACGAAAGCCACAAUGGAAAAUUUCCUGCAGCUCCACUGACUCAUAUUUCAUUCUUCCAAAAAGCGAAUAACUGGACAGCCCAGAUUAUAGAUAUGUUAGUAACAUCUCGCCCAGUAUGCAAAUUCUUAGGUAAGGCUGAGAAUUGGUGUUAUCCCUGGUUGGAGCGCGCAAUAAAAGAGGUUUUUGUUCUUGGUAGAUUGUGAUCUGCGUAAUUAGAGAGAGAGAGAAAGUGAUGCUCAGAAGUCUAUCUGGUCUGUGCUUCCAAAAAAGAAGAAGUGCGGUACAUUAAAACAUUUAAAUUGACCGGCCUCUCUUUCUAUUAUGUGGCUGAACGGCAAACGGGUAUUGGAGGUCUCCUACAUAUAUAUACCUGUCCAAAGUGUGCACCUGCACUAGUGUAGCAGCGCUCACUGGUAGGGACAGAAAUGGCCUCAAGUGAGGGAAACACAUACAAAUUGACAUCUUUGGACAGUGACAUCAAUCAGCACUUUCAGGAUGCAAUCGAUGUGAUUCAGCAGCAUUCGAACAAUUCAUACUACGAUUCAGAUUAUUCAUAUUACGAGAAUCUGGGAAGUCAUCACCAAUCACUGCAGUGUCAGAUCUCCUGUUGCCUCGUCACACACCAGUCUGAAGUCCCAACUCCUGUUUAUGACUGGAAUGACAUGGCUCAGUCUUGGCCUCAGGUCAUCCCCGAUGUCUCAUUGAGUCACUCAGUGCAAAAUGAAUCCCCACAUUUUUACUCCAUCUUACCACCACAAAGGAAUGGCAAAGGUCGGAAGAAGCUCAGACUUUAUGAAUACCUGCAUGAGGCUCUGAAUGACCCCAACAUGGGUGACUCAAUCCAGUGGACGGACAGCGGCAGCGGCACCUUCCACUUCAUCUCCAAAAACAAGGAGAAGCUGGCCGAGUGCUGGGGCCAGCGUAAGGGCAACCGCAAGACUAUGACCUAUCAGAAAAUGGCAAGAGCUCUGAGAAACUACAGCCGUACUGGGGAGAUCAUCAAAGUCCGCCGCAAACUCACCUACCAGUUUAACCCAGACAUCCUGCACAGGCUCGGCUCUGCACACGUGCCCAUGCACCUGCCCCGUCACCCUCCACAGGAGGAGGCCCACACCCAGCAGCACAAUCCGUCCGAGCAGAGCUACUGCGGCUCUGCGGCGGCGGACUGGCACAGCUGGUACGCUCACUAUCAGCCACACGAAGACUACGACCUGGCCGCAAGCUUCACCUCACACACCAAACUCUGAGGUGGCGGAGAGCUCUCAGGAUGUCAAGGUUUUCAAAGACUCACAUAUUUUCGUUACAUUCUGGAUCCUGGUUGUAAAAUGUAUUCAUUUACAAAAAACAUAUACAUUUUUUUUAUUUUUUUUUAUUUCAAUACCUUUACUGAACAACAUACACAUUUUCUGGCAGUUGUAACCAGUACUGUGUGGAUUAUUUAACAUACUGUUUGUUUACCAGAUUGACUUCAAGGCAGCACGUCUGCAUUUCACAAACAAAAGUUGAGAGUAAAAUUAACCUCACAGAACCAAAUUAAAGUGGUUUUCCUUAGAGGUUUUCUCUCUGGAUCCCUAUUUAUUCAAAGCAUGUCAUUAUUUGAGAAUUUGGGUGAGAAAAAGUAACAGACUUUGUAAAUUUAUUCUGUAUGCUGUUAUUUAGAAGUGUUUGUGUACUUUAUUUUAGUUGUUUUUAGUAGUAUAUGAAGGAGAUUUCACUGUAUAUUACUUGUAAAUACUUUAAGACUUUAAUAUUCUCAUUUUGUAAUUUAUAACAAAAUAAACUUUAACUGUAUUGCUUUAGCAACACUUUAGUUCGAUGAUACAGGCACGUACUUUUAAAGACGGGGUAAAGCUAAAAUGAUAGAUGAUCCAAAGCCAUCAGUUAAAAUCACGGAUGUAACUAGAAAUUUUAAUUUGUAUACUUGUAUUUCUUUUAUUGCUAAUAUCUAAAAAAAAUCGUAUUAGCAAUCAGUGAACUGAAAUUCAUGAUUACAAAUCUGUUAGCAUCUGUAGUGCCUCUUUUACUCUCUUUUUUUUUUAAACCUAUGUGGAGCUCAUGCAUUUAGCAUAUUGUUUUACUUUAAUAUGCUCCAGUUUUCUUUUUGCCGUUUGGAUUGUUUUUAUGUCACUGUAAUCAUUCAACAACACUGUUGUAUACAUUUUUAAAUGUCCAAAUAAAUCAGAGUAAAUUAAAUCAAAUUCAG